CCUGCGUCCGUAUCCCUCGCGAUGCACUCGUACGCACAGUAUCUCUUCUGUCUCGGCUCUUUCUCGUUCCCACCCCUUCUCUCGCAUGUCGCUUCCCAUUUUCAAAUCCCAUCCCUCCGCUCCAGAAUCUCCUUCUAGGGUUUUUCUCGCUCCUCGCCGCUGCUGCAAUCCAAGUCUGGACACCCAAUUUCCUCUUUUCUCCAUCUCGAAACGAUGUUUUGAUCCAUUUUUUCGCCUAGUGAUCUGGAGUUAGGGUUCUUAAUCACUUUCCUUAUGGAACAAAUGGGGAGGCGAGGGCUGAAGAUUAUCCUGAUAUAGUUCUUUAUGGUGGAGCCGUCGCGAUGUUAGCGUUGAGCAGAAAUGGCGUCAAUGUGAUCUGUUGUUUCCUUCUUUUUGCUGAAUGGCAUCCACUCGAAUAGCUGAGCAGACUGGGGCUCGGGCCCGUGGAACUUCGUAAACUAGGUUUUGCCAUCGAGUUUGUUGGUUGCCUCUGUAAAUUGUAAUUUCUCACUUCAAAAAUUGAAGCUUCUCAUGGUUAUUACGAGCUAUUUUGCAAACGUGACUCAAAUGGGCUGCUGUAGCUGUUUUGGAUUUGCCUUGUCAAGACGAUCUGACAGUUUAGUUGGGCCUGAUGCACCAAUGGGCAAUAACUUGUCACAGGAGCUUUUGUUGGAUGAAGACCUAGAAAAUGAGGAUAAUUGCUCAUAUAAUGGUGAUAUAUCUGAUUCUGGACAUGGAGAUGAUGGUGAUAUGAGAAGCCCAACAAAAUCUUCAGAAGAUAUUCUUCUCUACAGAACUCAACGUGGAUUGAUUUGUAGGGAAUUCCCUGUUAAGGAUACCCAUAAACUUGUUCAUUCAGAGGAUGAAAAUGGUAGCAAGAUGAUUAAUCAAUAUGUUCGUGUAUGCAAAAUUGGUUCUGGUAGCUAUGCAAAAGUGGUUCUUUACAGAAGCAGUGAUGACGGGAAGCUUUAUGCAAUUAAGGCCUUUCACAAGUCUCAUUUGUUAAAACAGCGAGUUGGACCUCGUGAGACUGCCAUGAAUGAUGUUCUUCGUGAGGUUUUGAUUAUGAAAAUGUUGGGCCAUCCUAAUAUAGUUAACCUAAUUGAGGUGAUCAAUGACCCUACCACAGAUCAGUUCUACAUGGUUCUGGAAUAUGUGGAAGGCAAGUGGGUCUGUGAAGGUUCUGGUUCUCCACAUGGCCUAGGAGAAAGCAAGGCACGAAAAUACUUGCGGGAUAUAGUGUCUGGGUUGAUAUAUCUCCAUGAUCAUAAUAUUGUACAUGGGGAUAUUAAACCUGAUAAUCUUUUGGUCACUGCUGCUGGUACAGUGAAGAUAGGUGAUUUCAGUGUCAGCCAGAUUUUUGAGGAUGAUAAUGAUGAGCUUCGUCGUUCUCCAGGGACUCCUGUUUUUACUGCACCGGAGUGCUGUUUAGGUUCAAAAUACCAUGGAAAAGCUGCUGACACAUGGGCAGUCGGAGUUACUUUGUACUGUAUGAUAUUUGCUAAAUACCCAUUUCUUGGGGACUCUCUCCAUGAUACAUAUGACAAGAUUGUUAACAACUCUUUAUCUCUUCCUCGUCGUAUGAACCACUUGCUAAAGGAAUUAAUAGAGGGUUUACUCUGCAAAGAUCCAAGUCAGAGGAUGACAUUGCAGGCUGUUGCAGAACAUCCCUGGGUAAUUGGAGGAGGAGGACCUAUACCUCAGUACUUGUGUUGGUGCAAGCGCAGUAGGUUGCAGAGGGAAGGGUGUAGUGGGAGCAGAAGAGAUGAUCAGGCUCAUAAUGACACCGUUCUUUGAAUUGUUGGAUUUGGAUUUUUGUAGUCAUAAUUUGAGGUUUUGUUUGGCUCCAACAUGGAAGUACAUAUCUGAAGAACUACCAGAGGAAGAAACAGAAAAGAGUAAAAAAGGAAAGCCAUAUAAGUAAAGAGUUAAAAGGAUGAGGGAUGUUAGAAGUGGUUGAUUUGCCAACCAGAACUGUAGUUGACACCAAGCAUUAGGUAGGUGGGAUGCCGACUAGGAUAUGGCCUGUUCGCCGCGGACCAGUCCUUUUCAGUUUUUAGGGUGCUAGAGAUCAGAUAUUGAGGUGCCGAUAUGAGUCCUUUAGUUUGCUCCCAGCUGGGUGUCACUUUGUGUAGUAGUCUAGCCUUGUUCUUGUUCAUUUACCAUCAAGAAAACUAGUUUCCAGAGCUUCUUGUUGGACACUUCGAUAUGUUAGAUCAGAGGCAUAUUGUGGUACAGUUUUCAGGUGCUUGCCAUUCAGUUCAAAUGCUUAAAUUGUCCAAUCAUGCUGAUUGCCGUC